AUGACAGCACAAUCAAAACCAAAUCAAAUUGUAGAACAGAUAUCAUGUAAAGUAAUACAUCCAUGGAGCAAAUCAUGUACUUUGGCGGCGGCACAAAUCUGGUUACAAGUAUUCAUUGCUGGUUUCAAAUUAUAUGCACCACUAUUCCUUAUACCUACAAUCAUUUUCAAAAGAAAAGGAUCACUGCCUGAAAUCAUUAGAUCAUCAACAUUCCUUGGUACUUAUGCCGGUGCAUUCGGAUCGGCCAUUUGCUUUUUUAAAUAUCUUGCUGGUGGAAGAGAUUACAAAUCGAUUGCAGCAAUUAGCGGUUUCUUUGCUGGUCUAUUAUCAAUUUUAAUAGAGAGAAAGAGUAGAAGAUCAGAAUUAGCAUUAUAUUGUUUGAAUCAAACAUUGGAGAUCAUGUGGAAGAUGGCAGCAACCAGAGGAUUUGCAUUUUAUAUAAAGAAUGGUGAAGUUUUAGUAUUUAUGAUUGCAUCUGCCAUUCUGAUGUAUUUCUUCCAACACGAACCAGAUAGCUUAAGAAGCAACAUGAAUGGACUUUUGAAAUUCUUUAUUGGUUCAAAUUAA